AUGCCUGUACCGCCUGCAAGUAAGUUGUUUUACUCUAUUAACUAUGUAGAGUCCAACCAACUGAAGCUUAGAAAGGUGGAGCCGUGGAAUAGUGUCCGGGUCACAUUCAACAUCCCCAGAGAAGCUGCUGAGCGUCUGCGCCUUCUCGCCCAAGGCAACAACCAGCAGCUGCGAGAUCUAGGAAUUCUGUCUGUCCAGAUUGAAGGAGAGGGAGCUAUUAACCUAGCAUUACCCCAAAAUGCUGCUCAAGAGGUGAGGAUGAACGGCCCAGUGGCGGCAAGCAAUGCCAUGAGGAUUGACCCCAGCUUUGCAGUGCAGAACAGGGCAGGCCUGGUCAGGAUGAACAACCCAACAACAGCCUCCAUGAUGUCCCAGGGACCCCAUGUUUCAUCAGCUAUGAUGGCUGCCGGUGGAAGCAACGAACUCCAGCCAAGGACUCCCAGGCCUCCUUCACAACAAGAUAUUAUGGAUCCCUUUGUGUCUGGCUUGAAUGCUCAGCCACAGAGUCUCCCCUCCGGGUCCCUGGCUCCUCAGAUGCACUCUAUGCAGGGCGUUGUUGCUAAUCGACCAGUCAAUCCAGCCAACUUUCAACAGUUUCAGCAGGCUCGUCUACCACAACAUCAGCAAGUAGCCCAAGGUCUUCGUCCUGCUUUUGCAACACCUGCACAAGUUCCUGUGCCGCCGGGCUGGAAUCAACUGGCAUCAGGAGCUCUACAGCCUCCUCCAGCCCAAGCAAGUAUGGGGACAGUGGCCUCCAACCAACAGUGGAAGAAAUCUGGUCUGGGUGGAGGUCCAUUACAGCAACAACAGCAGUUUCCUCAGAGACCAUCACUUUCCACAGGGCAAACACCUUCUCACCCCCCACCUCCAUACCCAUUCGGCAGCCAGCAGGCGUCACAAGUUCACUCCAAUUUCCCUUCCAUGGCAAAUGCAAAUCAGUUCAGCUCACCUCCAAUGAAACCAAUGCAGGGGGCACCCCCACGGGUGCUCACUCCAUUGCAGCAGCCCCAUCUCUCCAAGUCUCCUGCCUCAUCUCCUUCCUCCUUUCAGCAAAGCUCUCCUGCCUCCUCCCCUACAGUGAACCAAACACAGCAGCAGGCCAUGGGACCACGGGCAGGACAGGGUGGCACAUUGCCCCAGGGGUUUCAGCAACAGCCUGUGAACUCUCCGGGACGCAGUGGCAUGAUGCCACAGGGAAGCCCAGCAGGAAACUUUAUGAUGCAGCAGAAUCAGGGUCCACAGAAUAUUCACACAGGAGUUCCCAAACGCCUUCCACCAGGUUUUCCACCAGGACAAGGAAAUGCCAAUUUCCUGCAGGGACAGACACCUCCCAGUACUGCAGGAUCGCCGGCCAACAGUGGAGCAACACAGCCGCAGACAAAUACAGCUGGACAACCAACAGGUGGUCAGACGAAUGGAUCUUCCCACAGUCAAAUGCAAGGAUCACAUGGGGGUCCUAAUCUGAUGCAGACCAAUCUGAUGGGACUUCAUAACAACCUGAAUAACCAGCAGCCAGGUGGAGGUGGGGUGGGCCAAGUCAACAUUGGUGGUCUUCAUGGUCAGCCACAACAAGGACCACAAUCUCAGAUUCUUGGCAUGCACCAGCAGAUAAUAUCUUCCCAAGGUCAAAUGGUGAACCUUCCAGGACAAGCCCCUUUAAAUACGCAGGGACAGCUGGUACUUUCAAGAAACCAACUUAUGUCCCAGGGACAGAUUUUGGGAGCAUCUCAAAAUCUGGGUCAGGCACCUCAGAGAAUGACUCCUCCUAAGCAAAUGAUUCCCCCUCACAACCAGAUGAUGGUGCCCCAAGGUCAGACUGUAAUGCAACAGAAUCCUGUAAUGGAGCAAGUUAUGCAAGGCAACAAACAGGGAUUUAGUAAUCAAAACCCAGCAGGCGUGAUGGCAGGACCUAGUCAGAUAAUAAGGGGACCAACCCCUGGUAUGGCCAACAACAUGUUACAGUUCCAGGGGCAAAAUGUUUCCCAACAGGGUGCAGUAGGUUGUAAUCCUUCACAAGGUGUUAAUAUGCAGGGGCAGGUCCUCCGACAGGCUGUGCCUGGUCAACAUCUUCAACAGCCACAUAAUGAAAGCACAGCUCAAACUGGCAGUGAUUUGGGUGCUAUGUUGAAUGACAUUUCCAUGCAGCAACAAGGAAACAUGGCUCAGCAACACCAACAACACUUGCAGAACAUGGCAGGGAAUGGUGGACAGCACUUUUCAGGCCAUGGUCUAUCAUUUGCAACUGCAUUUGGUCAAGGAGGAAACGCAAAUCAGCUUUCCUGUGGUCAAAACCCCAAUUUCCCUGUUAAUAAAGAUGUUACCCUGACCAGCCCUCUUCUGGUGAAUCUACUUCAGAGUGACAUAUCUGCCGGACACUUUGGCAUGAACAAUAAACAGAAUAGUAACGCUGCCAAACCUAAAAAGAAAAAGCCACCAAGGAAGAAAAAGAACCAACAAGGAGAGGAACAUAUAAGCAUCGGUGAGACUCGUAUGGAGGACUCUGAUCAGACUGGGAUAAGUGGUGAGCAACUGGGAGCCCUGGAGGCUGGACAGAAGCUUUCAGAUUUCACUAGCAGGCCGUCGGGUUAUCCAGCCCAGGGGAUUGAUCAAAGGCAACUUCAGCAGAUUCCACCUCAGUUAAUGCAGCUGGGACAGCAACAGGGUCAAAGCGGACAGACUCCUCCACAGCAAAUGAUGAUGAUGCUGAUGAUGCAGCAGCAGCAGCAACAAGACCAAAAGCCAGUGAAGCUUCCCUUACAACAAAAUGUCUUCAACCCCCGGGCAGCUAUGAACACUGAUGUGCAGAGGAUGCCCAUUCAGCAAGGUGGAAAUAUACCUGUUAUGGUAAAUUUACAGGGUGUUGGUUCUAUACCACCUUCGCCAGACAAGCAGAGGAUGUCUAUGGUGUCCAGUGCACCAUUAGGAAGCAAUAUUAGAAAGGUGGGAUUCCCAGAUAGUGGGCAGAAUCAAUCUGGAUCACCUCUAGGUGAUGGAUCUUCAGCAGCUCCUCUUCCAGAUAUUCCUGACCUCCCCACAGCAUCUGGACCCCAAGGCAACAUGGCAUCACACUUACUCAUCUCUCAAAAUCCAUUGAUGAUGGCUGGAGCUAAGCCAGGUGCUCCUUCUGCACUCUCUCUGGGACAAGGAACAAGCCCUCAGCAACAGCACUCCAACACCAUGGCUGGAUCUCAUGGGCACCAUUACCAAAGUGUGCAGACUCCAUCACAGUCAUCAAGGCCUAAGACACCCAAUAGGGCAAGUCCCAGACCUUAUUACCCUCAGACUCCCAAUAACCGCCCACCUAGCACAGAGCCUUCUGAGAUUAGCCUCUCUCCAGAAAGACUGAAUGCCUCUAUAGCUGGUCUCUUCCCUCCACAGAUCAAUAUUCCAUUACCUCCCAGGCCUACACUAAGUCGAGGUUUUGAUCAGCAAGGUUUGAACCCAACUACCCUAAAAGCCAUAGGACAGGCACCACCUGGCCUAACUGUGAAUAGUCAGCCUUUCGGUACACAUACAAAUAAAAUGGAUAACGGUUCAGGAAAACCACCGAAUGCAGGUGCCAACAAGCGAGCAAGCCCAAGCAACAGCAGACGCUCAAGCCCUGCCUCAAGUCGUAAAACAACACCAAGCCCUGGUAGGCAGAAUUCCAAGUCUGCAAAAAUGAUACUUGGAGGACCACAAACCCCUGGUGUUCUGCACAAUGUGGAGAUGCAGCAGAGGAACAUGGUGGCCGGCCAAAUGUCCAUGCAAAACCCUGUAAUUGCUCCUCCGAUUGGGCACUAUCCUCCUAUUUCUAUACCAAGUGCAGCGGUCAUUACCGAGGAAAUUAAAGAAAAUCCUAAUGUGAUUCCAGAGAGCGACACACAGAUAGUGCAGGUGGUCUCUAAAGAACCUGCUACAACAGAUUAUAAAGUAGGUGUUCACCAAGAAACAAAGAUGACAUCUCCUGAAGAGCUUUCUAAGAAAGAUGCAGCUGUAACAGAUAUCCCAAAGCCUCCGAGUGCUGAAGACUUGGCUGCCAUUUCUCCGGCCAUGAGGGAUGCCCCAACAUCAUUGAGUCAGUUACUUGACCAUUCAAACUCCCCCAAUGUAAAUAUUAAGCCCCCAAAUUCAGCACCUGAAACAUCGCUCAUUCAGAGCCCCACAGAGGACACAAAAAAUGAAAUUGUAGCUUUACCAGGAGAUGCAUUAAAUAAAGAUGCCCAUUGUAUUACCAACCCACAGCAGUAUACAGAGCCCAGUCCUGCUCAGUCAAGGUUGGAUACAGUGGAGCCUAAUGCUAAUGUACAACUGAACCUCCCUGGCGCAUCCCUGAAGAGACCUGCUGGUCCCACGACUGUCUCUAGUACUUUGCCUCCUAGCCAGAUUACUGUUUUUGUGGCAUCAAAUCCUAUCACCACUUCUGCAAGUGUAUCAGCUCCCAUGGCUUCUCAUCUGCAGCCCAAUUUGGUACCAACCGUGGUUACUAUGCCAAACGUGGGAAAUAAAGUAAUUGUAUCUGAAGGACAGGCAUCUGUUCAGUCUAGUAGUCGACCGCAGUUUAUCACUCCGGUCUUCUUUAAUUCUUCAUCCAUCAUCCAGGUAAUGAAAGGAUCUCCGCAAAGUAAUAUACCUACUUCCAACACUAACUUGAUGCCUCAGUCUGUCGCAGUUGUAGGACCUUUGCAUAUUUCCCAAAAUAUUCAGUUCCCUGGGCCACCCUCUUCUUCUGCUCCUACCAGUAAUAGCCCUAGCCUACCAACCACCCGACCAGGCCUCAUAAGCCCAGUACAAAGUACACCCCAAUUUACACCAUCCCAGUCAUCUUCAUCUCUGCCACUACCACCUGCUCCAAUGCAAACCAGCUCAGAAGACAACAGCUCCCAGGUGGGGAAAACUCCAGAAUUGUCUCCUGCACCACCAAAACCUACAUCACCAACCCUGGACAACAACCUGGACAUUUCUAUAAGCAAGGACAGUCAGCUUGCCAAGAAAGAGACUGAUGACAUGACAGGCUCUGUUCCUGAAAGCUCUGAUGUAAAUGGUCUCUCUGUUAGUACACCUGGAGGCACCAUACCACAAGGCGGCCAUGUUUCUUCUGAGAACAAUAGUACUUCUGUGCUUUCCUUGGAUCCUAUGGGUCCUAUAGUGAACACUCCUGUCGACCUUCUGACUUAUCCUUCUGAUCCCCUAAUGUUGACUGAGAAAAACAGCGAAGUCACACUAGCAGAACGGAUCAGCACCACCUUUGAUGAAACCGUUCCAGAACAGAUCUUAGAAACAGAUCCAGAGUCGCAGGAUACAAUGGAGAGUGAACCAGCCGAGCGGUCGCGGCCUCCAAGCCGAAGAAAUUCUAGAGCAGAGGAGUUUCCCAUGCCCCAAGAUAGUUUGGAGAGUGGUCAGCGAAAGCGGUCAGCACGUCCCACCUCCGCAUCCUGCUCAACGAAAGAACCUGGAGCCAGCCCCCCUCAACCCAAACGGAGGAAGUCCAAGUAAAUUUUGUUUCAUUUGUCCAUUUCCCCCCCACCCACCCUUUUUUAUACAAAUCUGCUGACAGAUAUGUAUAUGUUUGUGAGCUGUGAUAUAUCUCUAUUUUUUUAUCGACUGGAGGUGAAUAUGCUUGUACAGUUCUCAUUGGUUAUAAUUAUUUUUCCUGCUUCAGUGGAGAGACCUUUCCUUUUGUUAAAUGAACCCAGUUAAGCUACCAAUCCUCAUUCCGACCUGACAUUUUUAUUCUGUACCACUAGAGGGCAGUGGGAGUCCAUAAUUAUUAUAUAAUGUCUGGGGUCUAAUCAGAAAAGUGUUUGCAACGAGUAGUAUGAAUGGAAAACCUUUUGAGGCACUGAAGAACAGAUGUAGCAGUCUCAAUGGCCGUCGCCUUCAUCCCAUAACGUUUUGCACAGGAGUCGGCAACCUCCGUCAUUCCAUCUGUUGUAAAACUACAACUCCCAGUAUGUUCCGUUCACUUCUAUGGGAGCUCCAAGAGUAGCCAAAGAAGUGUGGAUGCCGGGAGUUGCAGUUUCACAGCAGUCAGAGGCUGGAUUACCCCUGAAUCCUGCAGAAAAAUAUUUUAAUCCAAUUUGAUGAAAUGUUUCUGGAGCCUUCUGUAGGAAAGAAAUCUUGUGUUAAAAGGAAUUGUAUUCUUCGGGCCAUCUCUACUGACAGGCUCCAGUAUAGCAUGUAAACGCAAAUAAAAUUGGAUAUAUCAUAGAAGUGUGUUGGCUGGGUUUAACCAACAGGGAAAUGAGAGUGCCUGUCUCCCAAGUACCCUGCGGAGAGUUUCCUACUCUCCAUUGAAAAAUAGCCUCGUCAAUAUAUCUGGCCAUUUCCAUAUCUCCCAUAUGAAGACUGCACAUGUAGAAAUGGGUAAUCGGGUUCAUUGGGGUUCCUAGUGGUCAAACCCCAGCUGAUUAUACUUUUAUGCCAUGAAUGUGAAUUGUGGGAAAAUCCCUUGAACAGAUUUGUCUGGUGAGGCUCUCUGUGCAGGCAUCAGUGGAUUCCUUUCAACAGGGACAGGUGAUUGCUGGGUCCUCUGAACUCUUAUUAAUCCCCUUGUACAGAGAUGAUCCUUUCAAGAUGGGUGAGGUUUACAUGUAGAGGAGCACAGUAAUAAUCCAAUCUUAUUGUCAAUUUGUGACCAGUAAUAGAUUUCUUAAAGGCUAUGUACACCUUUGGGGACAAUUUUCUUACUAGUGCAUUGUACUCAUUUUAAGCUAAAAAAUCUUUUUUUCAAAUGGUCUUUAUUAAAAAAAAAUAAAAAAAUGGAGUCCU